ACGACGCCAUCCCACCCGAGACCCGGAGAAAUCGAUCGUAGCCCUCUUCGCUCUCUAUAAGAUCACUUCUCUCUCGAGAGAGAGAGCCAAAAGCAAAGUUCGUUUCUUUCCCCCCCAAAAUUUUCAAUUUCUUGUUUCAAUUCCGUUAUUUUACCGUUUCACCAAACGCGCGUCGAACCCUAAAACCCUCAAUUGCUUCUUUUUGGGGUCAAGUUUCCCCUUCGAGAUUUCUAGGGUUUCGUAUCUGAAUCUGCGGAGAACAAAAACCCCUCUUCGUGGGUUUACCUUCAAGCUUCUCGAAACAGAGCUUUUUAAAAGGACUGCUUUCAUUUGGAUGGGGAAGUCUCUGUAGCUAAAACUACAUAGUGACAUGGAGGCACAGAUUCAUCUACUUGAGCAGGAAGCAUAUACCGCUGUUAUAAGGGCUUUUAAAGCGCAGUCUGAUGCUAUUUCUUGGGACAAAGAGAGUUUGAUAACAGAUUUGCGUAGAGAACUAAGAGUAUCUGAUGACGAACAUCGAGAGCUUCUGAGCAGGGUCAAUAAGGAUGAUACCAUUCAACGGAUAAGAGACUGGAGACAGGGAGGCGGAAGCCAAGUCCCUUCUAGACAUGCAACUAAUCAGGGUUUUGAUGUUGGUCCUAGUCCAACUUUCUCAGCUUCCCGGAAGAAACAGAAGCCAUUCCAAUCUUAUCCAUCAUUUGGUGCGGCUGGGAAUAGGUCAUUCAAUAGUCGCGUUGUAUCCGGUGGCAUUUCAGCAAAUGAAUCUGCUGAAGCACUUAUCGGAAGAAAAGUGUGGACAAAAUGGCCUGAAGAUAACAACUUUUACGAAGCAAUUAUAACCCAGUACAACGCAGCUGAGGGUCGGCAUGCUUUGGUGUAUGAUAUACACGCAGCAAAUGAAACGUGGGAAUGGGUUGAUCUGAAGGAGAUUCCUCCGGAAGAUAUAAGGUGGGAUGGAGAGGAGAGUGGGGUAGCUUUAGACGUUGGACCUGUAAGUGGAUCAAUCCGUGGCAACCGAAGGUACCACCAAGGCCAUAUUGGUAGAGGGAGAGGACCAAGAAUUCAUCAACCGAGAAGAGAAUUUUUACCAACACAACAGAAUGGUGAUGGUGGUGUUGACCGGAUAACUUCAUCUGAUGAUAUUGAAUUGUUCAACACUGAUUCGCUUGUGAAGGAGGUGGAGAGAGUUUUCGAUUCUGCGCAUCCUGAUCCUUUUGAGCUUGAUAAGGCCAAGAAAAUGCUCAAGGAACAUGAGCAGGCGCUUAUUGCUGCCAUUGCAAGGCUUGCGGAUACUUCUGAUGGUGAAAUCGAUGGAGAUCCACCAGAUUCGCAUGACCAUCCAAUGCCACAGGGAUGAUGGAAAAGCUGUCUGUAAUAUUAAUGGUGUUUGGUUGGUCUGUCAUCAACCCAAGGACUCUGGAUGUAGAAAUAAAAAUUUGUGCUCAUCUGACAAAAGAAGAUGGGAGAUUGAUUUAGUCAAGUCUUGUUUCAAAAUUGUGAUCAGCAAAAUGUAAGAAAAAAUUGUUUAGGAAUGUGGGAGUAGGGAUUUGAGGCUGUAUGCACAUGAUUUGGUUUAGGGAAAUGUAACCUGUGACCAUUUUUGACCCCAUUGUAAAUCUCCCUGAGCACAUGUGUUUGACCUUGGAUCAAAAUCAAAAGCAACAUUCUUCAAUGUUUAGUUUUCUUGA